GGGCGCAUGCGCAGAACAGGGGCGGCCCGGCAGCCAUCCUGGGGUUGUAGGAGUUUGCACGGUGGUCACAGUCACGGAAAGGCCUGGCUUCCUCCCCGUGGUGAGGAGAUCCCCGGCAGCGGCCAUCUAGGAAUACUACCCGAAGAGAAACCAAGGAAGCAGCAGUGCAGUCUCCAGCGCCUUUCCGUUUCAAACCCUAACAUCCGGUUCGUUACCGGUUCCGGUCCCCGCCUUCACUUCCGGUCGCCUUCCGUUCCGCUUCGGCCGGUCCUUGCGUCCGCUGCCGCCGGUUCCGCCGCGCUUAAGGUAUCUUUUUGCUGAACGAAAGCUGACUCAUCAUAUGUUUCAAGGAUGGCUCUCCCUAUCAUUGUAAAAUGGGGCGGACAGGAAUAUUCAGUGACCACGCUUUCAGAAGAUGAUACCGUGCUAGAUCUCAAACAGUUUCUCAAGACCCUUACAGGAGUGCUACCUGAACGCCAAAAGUUGCUUGGACUCAAAGUUAAAGGCAAACCUGCAGAAAAUGAUGUUAAGCUUGGAGCUCUCAAACUGAAACCAAAUACUAAAAUCAUGAUGAUGGGAACUCGUGAGGAGAGCUUGGAAGAUGUCUUAGGUCCACCUCCAGACAAUGAUGAUGUUGUCAACGACUUUGAUAUUGAAGAUGAAGUAGUUGAAGUAGAAAAUAGGGAAGAAAACCUACUGAAAAUUUCUCGCAGAGUGAAAGAGUACAAAGUGGAAAUUUUGAAUCCUCCCCGGGAAGGGAAAAAGCUUUUGGUACUAGAUGUCGACUAUACGUUAUUUGACCAUAGGUCUUGUGCAGAGACUGGAGUAGAAUUAAUGCGGCCGUAUCUUCAUGAAUUCCUAACGUCUGCAUAUGAGGAUUAUGACAUUGUUAUUUGGUCUGCAACAAAUAUGAAGUGGAUUGAAGCUAAAAUGAAAGAGCUGGGAGUGAGCACAAAUGCAAAUUAUAAGAUUACCUUCAUGUUGGACAGUGCUGCUAUGAUAACAGUGCAUACUCCGAGGAGAGGAUUAAUAGAUGUAAAGCCCCUUGGUGUUAUAUGGGGAAAGUUUUCGGAAUUUUACAGCAAAAAAAACACCAUUAUGUUUGAUGACAUAGGAAGAAAUUUUCUGAUGAACCCACAGAAUGGACUAAAGAUAAGGCCUUUUAUGAAAGCGCACUUAAAUCGAGAUAAAGACAAAGAACUUUUAAAAUUAACUCAGUACCUCAAGGAAAUAGCAAAACUAGAUGACUUUUUGGACCUAAAUCACAAAUAUUGGGAAAGGUAUCUCUCAAAGAAGCAAGGACAGUAAUUACAAGUUAUCCUGGCAGUUAUUCAAGAUACUUGAGAUCCAUGAACUUCUUGCUUUUAUGCUAGAAAUCAUUAAGAUCGUGCUGGACACUGAAGCAAAUACCAGACUGCUUAUACUUGGUCUUCCAGUUUUUUGUAAAUUUAAUUUUAUAUUUUUUGAAGAUGAUAGCAAUAUGCUAAAAAAAAUUAUCCUUUUUUUCCCCUGUGUGAAUAUGCUGUUACUCUUGAAAAGUAUUUUCUCCACCAUUGAGUACUGAGUUUUUUUCCCACACACAAAAGAAAAUGGACAAAAAUGUAUACUCAACAGUGUCAUUUUCUGACUUUGGAAACAAGUUACGUCUUGUGGCUUUGUCUCAUUUUUUUGUUGUUUGACUAAAUCUCAAACCCAUCUUGAAACUACUGCUCUUCCCUGUAAAACCAAAAAAAAGUUUCUGAGUGAGGAACCUAGUUUGCUAUGUUUAAAAUCACCAGAAGUUUUUUUUAUUCCUUUGUCAUAGACACAUUUCUCUUCUUAUUCCACUAUUUACAUCUUUAAUUUCUGAGCUGUCUCCGUUUGGUCUCUGUGUGUGUCAGUGUUCUUUGAGUAAAACUGGAAAACGUCAGCUAUGACACAGACAUGUCAUAGUUUGAGAAAUAGAAAACAUGAGGCUGAAGAAUAAGGAACAAGUGUCUGUUUCUUUUUGGUGGCUAAGUAGAAGCACUUCUGCCUAAAACCAUUGUCAAUAAAGCAGUUAAAGGCAAUAUAUUGGAACAUAUCACUGGUUCUGCCCUAAAAAGCAUGACCACAAAGUUUUUGUUCUGUUCCAGCUGUUAUCCUGUCUAAGUGCAAACACUGUGUUUCAGUGAAAAUAUCUAGCCAUAAGGUUAAAAAAAAAAAUUAUUUGCAAUGCUUAUGCCUGCAGAUGUGUGAUGUGACCACUGUUUUGUGUUGACAGUAUUGCGUUAUACAGUUCUUGUGUUUGAAAGGAAUCUGGUCCUUCCAAGUAAACAUGGUGUAUAUUGUUCUUACGGGACUAUUGCAGUGGGGUAAAUAAUAAAUACCUUUUCUUAAAACAUU